UCUGUUAGUAGAUUACCUUAGACAUAUAAAAGUAUAUAACAUCGAUAAUUGACGAUCUUUGAUCAGGCAAACUUUAACAAAAUGUUAUUUUACUUGUUGUUAAUUGCUGCAUCGCCGUUUCUUAUCAGCGCGAUUCAACAAGAUUUGGAUAACGUAGUGAAAAUAGUUCAAAUGGAUGCUAACAGUCCAAUGGCUUAUAGACAAUUUAAUGGAGAGAAAAGGGAUGAUUCAUCCCUAACCUGCAACUCUAAUGACCCAUUCAAUAAAUGCUUGCAGGAAUGCUUUAUAAUAUUGGUUUACGAUCCUAUUUGUGGAACGGACAAAAUUACUUACAUGAAUCGAUCACAACUAAAAUGCGCGCAAUGUUGUGGAAAAAAUGUAACGAUAAAAUAUCCUGGAAACUGUACAAACUGCAACUGAAUAACUUAUAGUUUUCAUUGUAAUACAAUUAUUAUUAUAAUAAAUGUUUUAAUCAAAAUUAGCAAAUGUAAGAAAAAUAAACA